AUUGUAUAUAUUUCCAUUUCCGGUAGAACUCUAAAUGACAGUUUAAAAGUGUAUUAACAUAGAUACAACUUACAAUUUACAGAUAUUGAUUGUCCAGAAGAUUUCCGUAUAUUGAUAUACAAUGGAGAAUAUAAGAAUGUUUCGAAACGCCAAUUUUGAUCCAAAUUCUCAAGAAAGAAAGAGCUCUCUUCCGGGAUCAGAUAUUCAAGAAUCAUUUCUUAAAAACUCCCUUUUUAAUUCGUUACCAAGCAAAGAACAUAGGUUUCAAAGAAGGGUGAAAGGAUUGAGACACAGACACACUAAUGAAAAUUUUAGAUCAAAUCUUCCAAGAACAAAAACUAUAAAAAGUGAAAGUCACUCUAGUAGAGGGGAAAGACAAAGGGAUCUAAGAAGUUUCACAGUGCCUGAAAAUGCAGAUCACGCGCAACAAAGGCAAAUUCGCCGUUAUAGACUACAAGCCACAAACUAUAUAACAGAGAUCAGACGCUUACUCUGGGGAGAUACUCUCAGAACAAUUGAGGGUCGAUUUGGAACGUCAGUUUCAUCAUACUUCGAAUUUCUUAUUUGGUUGUUUCAAUUGAAUUUUGUCAUUUUUAUACUGGUUUUCAGUAUAAUUCUAUUACCUCAUAUCUUUUAUAAGCCAAAAAGUUUUGAGACUUCUGUUAUUAACAGCACCAGGAUCAAUAAUAUCUAUGUGAAUGAAUCUAUAAAAUGUAGCAAAAGAUAUGGAACUUAUUUGUCAGAUACAUUCAGAAAUGCAACGGCAUUUCAGAAAAUCUUGGGUCUCUUUAUAGGAACAUUAUGGUUAGAGAAUACAGAAAUGUUUUACGGACGCUACUAUAACAAAAUGGUGAUCGAAACUAAUAAUCUGUAUUACAACAUGCCUGUUGCAUAUGUUUUAACAGUAGUUUUUUGCCUUCUUAUUAGUUUAUUUUUUGUGGUGAGGCAAACAGCACAUGGUGUGAAAGAAAAAAUGCUUCAAUCAGGAGAUAAUUAUUAUACAGCAUCAGCAAUGAUCUUUACGAGCUGGGAUUAUUCAUUGAUUCACACAAAGAAUGCUCUAUUGAAAAAAGAUUUAAUAAAGAAUCAAAUCACAGGAUAUAUUUCUGAUAGAAGGAGAAAAGUACGUUUUGAGAAAAUGAAAUCAAGUGAAAAAUUCAAAUUAAACUUUAAAAGGAGUGUCUUCUUACGAUUGGCAUCUGUGGGUGUGUUAGCUGUGUCUUUGGCUCAACAAGUCAAGUGUGAAAAUGAAGGCGAUAUAACCUGUGGAAUAUGUAAGAAAUUAAAAAAUUCUCAAUGCUGGGAAACUUACGUUGGUCAACAAUUGUAUAAAUUAAUCAUAACUCAUUUCUUUGUUGGAAUAUUUGAGUUCAUCCUUUCUUUUAUCCGAAGAGUUAUCGUCAUGCACCAUUGGAAAUGUGCAAGAUCUUCAGACCAAGAUGAAAAUGGGUCGUCUUCAAACAAUGGGCAGUGUUUUCUUACUAGGUCAAUAGGUCUUGAAGAGUUUAGAGUUCCUGUACGAGUUCUUGACUUGAUUUAUCUCCAAACUCUUUGUUGGAUUGGAUUAUUUUUCAGUCCAUUGAUAGCAGCUGCAACUGUUUUGGAACUUAUAUUAUUCUAUUUUCUAUUGAAAAUAUCGUUAAUGAGAAAUUGCGAACCUUCAAAGACUACUUACAGGACCUCUUCAACUAAAGGAUUUUUCAUGGGUGUCCUUCUCAUAUCAUUUUUUGGAUGUGUGGCAGUAAUUGCCUUUGCCCUUGGAAGAAUAAAGCCUUCGCAAACUUGUGGACCAUUUAGAAUUUAUUCAUCAAAUGAUUUCCACUUUUGGACUGUAAUACCUAAUAUGAUAAGCACUUGGCCUAAGGGAACUAUUUAUAUUCUAUCAGAGGGCAAUGACAGCAGGUCAGAGGAAAAGGAUCAAAGUUUUGAAGUUUCAAUUAGUCACGAUGAUAGUUGUUUAGGUGAUUAG